AUGAAUAACACAACAGGAGCAAACCUGCUGGUGCUGUUUCAGAAGCCUGUAAAAGUUGUGUUUUCCUUAAUACCAUGUCUACUCUUUCUAUAUGUAAAUGGUGUCAUGCUGUUUACUUUGAUGAAAAAGCCUCUCUUUCAGGAGUCCGCCCGCUACAUCCUCUUUGGUCAUUUGCUCCUCAUAGAUUCCCUGCACCUUACAAUGUCUAUAGUGGUUUACCUAUUUGCUGUGACCAAUGUCAAAAUGAAUAGCUUUGUUUGUGUGGUUGUGAUUUCAUUGAGUAGCACCAUCACACAUAUUUCACCCCUCAACCUUGCUGUAAUGUCUCUGGAGAGGUAUGCUGCCAUUUGCUUCCCACUGAGGCAUGCUGAGAUUGCCACCAACAGGAGGACACGCAUAGCUGUCGCUGCUGUGUGGACACUGGGCUCUUUAGACUCACUCAUCAAACUCUCUGUGUUUGUCAGUCUGGAGAAAAAAGCUUUCGACAUGCAAACUUUCUGCAGUGCAUACACUCUCCCGCAAAAAGGAAUUUAUGUAACCUUAAACGAAGCCUUCACCAUUAUGUAUUUUCUUUUGGUUGGUAUUAUUAUCGCUUACACAUACAUUGCUAUUGUAGUUGCCGCAAGGUCAGCCUCGUCCAAGUCAUCUACAGCCAGUAAGGCCCACAAGACGGUGCUCAUGCAUCUGCUUCAGCUAUGCCUAUGCCUUGUCUCCACUAUGUUUAAUAUGAUUAACACUACUGUAUACUGGAACAUGAUGCCUGUGGUGCGCCGACAAGUUCAGUAUGUCCUGUUUAUAGUCCUUAUCAUUUUCCCUAGAUGCUUGAGCCCUCUCAUAUAUGGCCUCAGAGAUCAGAGCUUCAGACAUUACUUCAAAUACUAUUUUUCAUUUGGCCUCAGAAAUUCAGUAAAGCCAUUUGACAAAUGA